AUGUCUAUGGUCUUCAAAGUAUCAUAUAAACCACCACCAUUAGAAGUUUUAAAUCAAUUGACUCAACUACCACCAAUACCACUUCCAAUUUCACCACCUAAUUUAACGAUAACUCGACGAUUAAUAUUUCCGAGUAUACUAUCAACUUCAUUUGCGCCUACUUCUUCACCAACAACAUUCGUGAUAAAAACAACGAGUAUAAAGCCAACAUGGAAUCAGCUUAGCAUAAAGAUUCGGGAACAAUUUAAUAUACCCGCAAAUAUUGAUUUUAGUUUAACUUAUUUGGGAACAGGAGGUAAUGAAAUGAACUUGUCUUCCCAAGAUGAGUUAAUUAAUUAUUUUUCUCAAGAUAAAGAUGCUUUACCGACAUCAAAAAAAAAUAUCAGUUAUAAGUUUGGUUUAACGAUCUUUUUUCAAAACAAUAAUGUUGAAGAAGAUAAGAAAGGUGAAGAAAAUGAUAAAGAAUUUGAAAAGAUGAAUUAUCACAUUGAAGAUGGGCAAUUGGAUGUUUUAGUUUACGAUGAUGAGUAUUAUAAUUAUGACUAUAAUGAAGAUGAAGAAUAUUUACAUUCUCGAUAUGGAUGUUCUCAGCAAUAA